AUGACGCCUCGUGGUUUUGCCUGGAAAGCGAAGGAGAGCAACCGAAAUGUAACAGUUGCCGCACUAGAUCUGUCGAAACUCAGAUGGCUGCGUGGUGGUCGUGCCAUGCAGUUGGCUAUCUCCCUGAAGGCUGGCUCUACCAUCCGCUUCGAGGGUCUGAAAUCGAACGAUUUUCAAGAUCUGCAGUCCUUUAUGCGACAACAUUUCGGGAAGGAGCUCUUAAUUGUCAAACAAGCAGUCCGAGGAUGGUCAUGGGGCGAACUCGACGUCAGCAAAGGGGCAGCUGCCAACCUUAUCUUUCGCACCGGCGGCGGUGAAUCUGCCAAGAACAAAGCCAGAGAGUUUGAAGAUUCUUUUGAAAUGCCACUAGGGAAGGUCGCCAAUGUUCAGUUGCCCGGAAACGCGAAGGAACUCGCGCUCGAUUUUCACGUUGAUGAUACGGCAGCGAAAAUGGAUGAAGAACUGGUCGAAAUGCGAUUCUAUAUCCCAGAUGAGGAGGAGGCGAAGGAUUCCUUCGAGAGGAUCAAAGCUCGUGCCGAUACAAGCGCAUUUGCUGGUGAGAGCAUGUGCUCAUUUCUGCAUAUGGGGGUCGCAGUUCCGCGUGGUAGGUACGAUGUUGAUAUGUAUGCCAACUACAUCAAAUUGCGAGGAAAGGCUGUUGAUUUCAAGAUUCUAUACUCGUCGAUUACUCGCCUUUUCCUGCUUCCGAAGCCCGACAAUGUCAUCGUUUCAUUCGUAAUGUCCCUGGAUCCGCCUAUUCGCCAAGGAAACACUAUGUACCCCCAUUUAGUCUUUCAGUUUGAUUCUGAGGAGAAGACAAGAAUAGAUUUGCCGCUCUCCGCAGAUGAGUUACAAGCGAAGUACAAAGGAAAGCUGUCAGAAACUGAAGAGGGUUACACAUGGCGCGUAUUCUCAAAGAUUCUCAAGAACCUCAGCUCCACUCCACUUCACGUCCCGAAGACUUUUAAAAGCUCUACCGGGGCUAGUGGUGUGCGUACUGCGUUGGGCGCCAACGAGGGUUUUUUGUUCUUCCUGGAGUCCUGCUGCGUGUUUGUCAAUAAGCCCCCGACGUAUAUCCGAUACGAUGAUAUUGACUUCGUCGAAUUUAGAAGAAUGGAUUUGGAGCGUCGUUUUGACCUGUUUAUGUCACUGACAACGGGUUCAAGUGCCACGUACUUGUUUACCAAUAUUGAGCGCUCUGAGUUUGAGCACGUUUUCCAAUUUUUAUACGAGUCAAGGAAGGUGCCAGUAGAGAAUGCCGAGCAAUUGAAGCGAACGGGAGGCCGGCAAAGGGUCACGCUUGCAGACGAUGACGACAGCUCUGAAAGCGAGGACGACGAUUUCGACCCUCUGGUCCAAGCCAAGGAUAAGGAUGACAGGGACAGCUCUGAUAGCGAUAGUGAUGCUGAGAUAGAAGACCCUGAUGACGACGAGCUCAAGCAUUUAGGCGGCGCGAAACCGCCAAGGAAGAAGAAGAAACGCUGAAGUAGACUUUUAACGAGCUGCAGAAGUGUCUUCUUCGAUUAGUAGUUCUAUGGUUUGUGCUGUUGUGCAUCCAUGGGUAAGAGGGGUUUAAAGCUACUGCCGUGUGAUCUUUGAUGCUUGAAUGAUUGUUGCAUGCAGUGUCACCAGUGCUGAAGCAAGGAACUUCUUCGGCCAUGUCAUACCUCUGGUCUUCAAAUACUCACGUUUUCGAGGACGGGUUUCCUUGUCAAAUUCUGAAUCAUCACAUUCUCAUGAUCACGUGAUCCUGAUAUCUUCGAAUCACCAUUAAAAUUGCAUAUUCCGGAACAGCCGACUGAGGCCCUGACAAAGA